CAGUUUUCUUUAAAAGCUCAAUGUGAGCAUGACAGUGUCAGUUUUCUGCAAUUCAAAUGAAGCCCUCGCUUGUGGCACUAAUCUCUUUCCAUAAAAAGACACCACAUAAUGCAUUUUAAAGAGGUACCAGAAAAAAAAACGAUAGCCAACGUCCUGAAAGCAAUAAGCCUAUUAUAGUGUUGUUUUUUUCAUGAGUGGCACACUUGAUUCAACAAAUCAUAUCUUAAACUGGUCUUGGUGUCACCGGGAGGUUGAUAAAUCAAGCUGGGCCGGAUAAGGGCCGGACGCCUUCUCUUUAACCCCCGACACAUUAGUGGGAGUGCGCAGUGCCAGACUGGGCCAGCAGCCGACGCAUCAUUGAUCGCACGUAUUUACGCACAGUGGAUGAACGGAGGCAAAGAGCUGGUCGAGGAUGAUGCUUACACCGGCUCAGAAGGGCUUUCUCUCGGGGUUUAUUUACCAGGUAGCAGCGGUAUGGUCGCCGGUUCUGGUGUAAAAUGCACUGGAGCAGACCGGGUGUGCUGGUCGGCCUAGCUGAGCUCGGCUGCUGCUGCUCGCCUCCGCCGCUCCCAUUUCUAUUCUAGUACUUUUUUUAUUGCAGCGUUAUUAUUUCCAGGUCAAAAUCACUGUUUCCUGUGCGGCUUGUUUGUACUAAAAAUGGCCGGAGAUGGCGGUGCUCUGAAGGAUAUCAAUGAGAUUAAAUCCCAGUUCCGGACCAGAGAGGGCUUCUACAAGCUGCUCACCCUCUCGGACUCGCAGCAGCGGGGCGGGCUGCCGCGGGGUCCGUCCGCCGGAGCCACGCUGGGCCCCGGGGCUGGAGCCGGUCCGAUACCCGGCGGAGGGGUCGGGCUGCUGCAGGGGCCCGGGGCUGCUGCCGCCGCCGCCGCCGCUGCUGCUGCCGCCGCCUCCUCCUCUUCCAAUGCCGCAGCCAACUCCUCUCCGGCGGGCUUCCUGCCGCCGGUCCGGGUCUCUAUGGUCAAGCUGCAGCCAGAAGACCCGAGCGAGGAGUCGGAGAGGGUGUGCUUCAACAUCGGCAGGGAGCUGUAUUUUUACACGUACACCAACAUCAAGAAGGCUGUAGACCUCAGUAAGCCGAUAGACAAGAGGAUCUACAAGGGGACUCAGCCGACGUGUCACGACUUCAACCAGUACUCCGCCACGGCAGAGAGUGUAGCUCUCAUCGUGGGUUUCUCGGCCGGACAGGUCCAGUAUCUCGACCCCAUCAAGAAGGAAACCAGUAAACUCUUCAAUGAGGAGAGGUUGAUAGACAAAUCCAAGGUGACGUGUCUAAAAUGGCUUCCCAAGUCGGAGAACCUGUUCCUAGCCUCCCAUGCAAGCGGCCACCUCUACCUCUACAAUGUGGACCACCCAUGUGGCACCACGGCCCCACAGUACUCUCUGCUGCGACAGGGCGAAGGCUUCGCCGUAUACGCCUGUAAAACUAAGACGCCGCGCAACCCGCUUUUGCGAUGGGCCGUGGGCGAGGGAGGCCUCAACGAGUUUGCUUUCUCCCCGGACGGCGUGCAUGUGGCGUGUGUGGGCCAGGACGGCUGCCUGCGCGUCUUCCACUUUGACUCGAUGGAGCUGCAAGGGGUGAUGAAGAGUUACUUUGGCGGGCUGCUGUGUGUGUCGUGGAGCCCUGAUGGGAAAUAUCUCGCCACAGGUGGAGAGGAUGACCUGGUUACCGUCUGGUCAUUUGCAGAAAGCCGCGUGGUAGCGAGGGGUCACGGCCAUAAGUCCUGGGUCAACGUGGUGGCGUUUGACCCCUUCACGACCUCCCUGGAAGAUGAAGAGCCCAUGGAGCUUAGCGGCAGUGAGGAGGACCUCCACCAGGGGGCGCCAAAUAACUCCAUGCACUUUGGCCGGGUUCGAACCAGCAGCACGUUGUCGCGUCUUUCCCGGCACAGCUCUAAAGGCGGCGGUUCGGCGGCAGUCACGUACCGGUUUGGUUCAGUGGGGCAGGACACCCAGUUCUGUCUGUGGGACCUGACGGAUGAUGUGCUGUACCCACGCCUGCCGCUGUCCCGCGCCUUCACUAACACUUUUGGACCCUCACUGUCCAACUCUGGCAGCGGAGGGGUCAACAGCACCUCAGGUGGGGGAGGGGUGGAGGGACACCAUCACCCGCCUAACACUAACACCGGCACCACCAACCCACCAACACUCCCCUUACCCCUUCCUCGCUCCCUCUCGCGCUCCAACUCUCUGCCCCACCCCGCCGUGGCAAACGCCUCCAAGGGCCAGGGCGCCUCGGAAGGCGGCGGGGGAGGAGGAGGAGGGGGAGGGAGCAGCGGCGGAGGAAACAGCACCCCGUUCAGCAUCGGCCGCUUUGCCACGCUGUCACUCCAGGAGCGCAAGUCGGACAAGUCUGGUGGCAGCGGUGGGGUGGAGAAGGAGCACAAGCGUUACCACAGCCUGGGCAACAUCAGCAAGAGCAACGAUAAGAUCAACGUGGCGCCGAGGAGCAACCGGCUGGACGCGGCCAAGGUCCUGGGCACCACACUGUGCCCACGCAUGCAUGAAGUGCCCCUGCUGGAGCCGCUAGUGUGCAAGAAGAUUGCACACGAGAGGCUGACCGUCCUGGUGUUCAUGGACGACUGCAUCAUCACAGCCUGCCAAGAGGGUCUCAUCUGUACCUGGGCACGACCGGGGAAGGCGAACUUGACAGCACAAAACGGUAACUCUCCAAGCGGCACAGUGGUAUAGCUGGAGGAGAAGCUUUGCACUCAUCCCUCCCUCCAUCUCCGUUGUCUCCUGUCUGUCCGACAGCCUCUCCACCCAUCCUCAAAAGUUUCAAAUCGGGGGCCAACAACCAGAGACCGUACCCUACCACUGCAGUAUUAUACCCUCAUUAUAACUGUUCUUGCCAUGACCCAAAACCCUGUUCCCUACUGAUUUUACUCUCACGAUGGCCAUUUUGGUGGGAAACUCUUGCUGAAGCAUCGGCGCACGCAACAUUACUUCAGAAAGACUUAACAGUUAGAAGGUUAGCCAAGACAACUGAGACACUAGUUAGCGUAUCGGCUAGUUAGCCAUUAGCCAUCAGUUAACUGUUUAGACUAGGUUCUGGUAGCUAGCUGCAGUGGACCAUAUCUACUGCAUGGCCAAAAGUAUGUGGACACCCCUUUUGUCUUGGGCUGUUCAGGGCCAACUUGGCACCAGUUUGAGGAACGUCAUUUCCUGUUUGAAGGUGACAGUGCACCUGUGCACAAAGCCAGCUCCAUAAAGAAAUGGUUCUCCCAGUUUGGUGUGUAAGAACUUGACUGGCCUGCACAGAGCCCUGACCUUAAGCCCAUCCAUCACCUCUGGGAUGAACUGAGAGCCAGACCUUAUUACCCAACAUCAGUGUUGGACCUCACUGAUACUCUUGUAGCCAAAUGGGAGAAAAUCCCUGCAGCCAGGUUCCAGAUGUGUUGACAGUGUUCUCAGAAGAGUGAAGGCUGUUAAAGCAACAUAUUAAUGCCCAUGAAUUUGGAGUAACAUGUUAAACAAUCACAUAUGGAUGUAACAUUCAGGUGUCCACUUACUUUUGGCCAUAUAAAACUUGCAACUGUAGUUUUUCAUGUUCUGUUUAAAAUUCAAAUACAUGACUUAGUCGUUAUCAUAAUUUACACCCACAGGUUCUACUAAACAGUGCACAAUGUUUUGUGCUUUAUCAAAUAUGAAGAUCUACUGUAUCUUCAUACUUGAUAAGUGAGUUUGGCAGUAAGUAAGCGAUAAUGUACUGUAUGAUAUGGUGUCGUGAUGAGAGAGGCAUCCUUCAUCUCCACCAUGUCUGUUUGUUAGUAGUCAUCCACUUUUAAAGUUUCAUUUAACCAGAAGUUAAGUUGGUUUCACCAGAGUUUCAUGAUUUUAAUUGACACCUGCCAAAAACCAGAAACUAGUAUUUUGACCAUGGUGUAACUAGAUUAAUAGGGCAGCACUUCUUCCUGUUACCUUUGUCUCAAUUUGAAAUGAUAAAUGUCUGAUUCCUGAUGUUAUUAAUGUGGUCAACAGUAGGGCAGAGCUACACCGUACUUGCUCUUCAGAGUUUCCCACCUCAUGCCACUGUGGGAGUAAAUUUUAUUCCCAGUGCUUCAGCCCUCUGCCUUCAUCCCCCGCCCCGCCCCCCUCUGUGUUUCUCUACAGAAAGACUGCAUCAAACAGAGAUUGUUUAUCCUCUCUAUCUGUAACCCUGAAGCAACAAGGAGUGAACGGCCCUUCAGUCCCUCCUCCGUCUGAUCCCUCCCAUCCCCCCGCCCGCCCCCCCCCUUGCAAAAGACACUGCGAAAGCCACGGCCAUUGUAUUUAAGUUAUUUAUUUUAUCACAAGACUGUGUAGUAAUUUAUAUUGUAAAUACUGAAAAUACUCUAUAAAUACAAAAAGGACAAAACGUGUAUGGAAAUAAUGACUUGACAGCAAGGAAGUGAAGAAAAAAACAGGAAAGAUGGAGAAUAUUAAUAUAUGAAGAUCCUUCUAUUGUACAUAGCAACCACAGUUAAAAAAUUGAAUGUCUGCUGUUUUAGGGAACUUGAAGAUGUCAAUGUGUUUUUAUUUCGUGUGAUAGAGUUUUCUCCAGUUUGUCCCUGAAAGCGAGCUGAGUGUGAUCCGUCGACGUCGAGGCGGAAAACAUUUCGGGUUCCAGUGUGACUGACCCGAGUCGAGCACAGAGAGCAAUCUUUGAAGUGGCUGCUAGCUGUACAUUUCAGCUGACUGUCCGAGUCAAAAUAGGUCCAAAUAAUACUAAUUCUCCUGAACAUCACACGUGGACAGACGGCAUAUUAACGAAUAACUUGCUCACGAACACACACACUUGCACAUUCGGGACUUAAAAAACGGCUCACGCGUACAUGCACUCACGCGACACACACACAUGCACACACACACACACACACAUGCAAUCCCCUUAUGGUGUAGCAUCAUAUAUACUGUAUCUUGGACUCAUUCCUGUCGCACCUGAAUUGCCUCUUGCAAGAAUUUGCACAUUCAAUAAAUCCACAGUCCAUCCUGAGCUGCCAUGGGUGACACACAUAAAGGGGGUGUCGUUGUCUUGUUUGAUCUGUGCAGAAACAGCUCCCAUAACCCCCAACACUCACUGGAUAUUUUAAUGGGUGUACAUCUCGACCGGAAAACACAGCAGUGUGUCGAGAUUUAGAUUUUAUUCCCUUGUCUUGAGACUCUCUUAUAAUGACCUGUACGGCUGCAGAGAUCUCAUCCAUGCUUGUCUUUAUUUUCCUGGCAAUUUUCACUAUUUUUCUGACUCUGGUGCAGGAAAAUGACCUCACCGUUCUUUAAACCACCUUCAAAACUCAGAUUGGCUUGAUUAAUUGCUGAAAAAAAAACAAAAAUAAGAUGUGAACAAAGAUUCCAGAGUCCAGACAAAAACACUCUCUCAUACAUGAAAAA